ACGCUCGUUGCUCUACAUGGCCGAGACGCGGUGUUUUCAGGUUUUCAGGCCAACCAAGACAACCAAGGCAUUCACCAAUGCAAAGCAAGCUGUGGGUUAAACGUGGGUUGAAGCUAUCGCCAGACCACCAAAACACGGCAGAAACGCACCCAGGAAAGGAUAGUUGCUACUAUAUGCAAACGGUGACGUUGCAGGAAUAAAUAGCGCGCAUGUGGCAUUGUCGCGAGAAAACAAAUGUGUGUUUUAAUCAGAAACGCUCGGCCAUAGAAGCACGUUCGUGUUGAUCCCCGCUAACAUUUGUGCACCCAAACGAUAUAAAACUACGCGCGAAAAAACCUACCGCCGUAGAGACAUGCUAGACCGACGCUUCGUGGUCUUGUACGGGAGCCAGACGGGCACCGCUCAAGACGUCGCUGAAAGAAUCGGUAGACAAGCGAGACGGUGCAUGUUCGGCGUAACUGUCCUGCCCAUGGACGAUUAUCCUCUAAUAGAGCUAAUCAAGGAAAAAAUAGUUUUAUUCGUCUGCGCUACCACAGGACAAGGCGAGGAACCCGAUAAUAUGAAGCAUUUUUGGUCGUUCCUACUGCGAAAAAGCCUGCCUCCGAAUUCACUGAACACAAUUUGUCAUUCUGUGGUUGGCCUGGGAGACUCCUCUUACUUGAAGUUCAAUUUCGCUGCAAAACGCCUGCAUAGACGCCUGGUUCAGCUAGGCGCCCAGUGCCUGCUCAACCCCUUGUAUGCUGAUGAGCAGCAUGAAUUGGGAACAGACGGAAUGCUCGAUCCCUGGCUGGAAGAAUUCUGGAAAAUUGUUAUAAGCUUGCGUCCCCUUCCUUCCGGGUGCUUGCCUAUCAGUGAAGAGAUCUUACCAGCACCAAAGUACAAACUUGCAUGUGACAUGACUUAUGUAGAUGAACACAGAAGUAUCAGCUGCCAUCCGGGCAUUCUUCGUGAAAAGCUAUUUGACGCCACUGUGGUCUCCAAUCAGCGAGUCACCAGCGCCGAGCACUUUCAGGACGUGCGACUAAUUAAGCUUGACAUUCAAGGUUCUCGUAUUACAUUCGAGCCUGGUGAUGUGGUGGUAGUCUACCCCGAGAACUGUGAAGAGGACAUCAAUGAGUUUUUCAGACUAUUCAGCAGCUACAAAGCUGACAUGUAUUUGACACUUGCACCUACUGAAAAGGGCACAUUAUUGCCACAUUUUUUUUCAAGGCAAGUCUCAUUUGGUGAAUGCGUUCGGAAGUACUUUGACCUUACAAGCAUCCCAAAAAGGUCUUUCUUUGAGCUCUUUUGGCACUUUGGCGACGACACCCUCGAGAAGGAGCGCCUUUGGGAGUUCAGCACCGCCACUGGCCAAGAGGAGCUUGUGGACUAUGCCAUUCGGCCACGGCGAACUGUGCUGGAGGUGUUUGCUGACUUCCCUCACACCACAGCUAAUGUGCCGCUGGCAUACCUGUUUGAUUUGAUUCCACCCAUCCGCCCACGCUCAUUUUCCAUUGCCAACUCGUUGCUUUGCCACCCAGGGCAGAUCCACAUUGUAGCAGCGAUCGUAAACUUCCGCACCAAGCUGAAGAAGCCACGUAGGGGUCUCUGCACCACCUUCCUGGCCAGCCUUGAUCCCUGCAUUCGACCAACUCUAAAAAUUGCAACGAAGAAGGGCAGCCUUCGGAUGCCUCCUGAUGGGGCGCCUGCUAUUAUGGUGGGACCAGGCACAGGUUGCGCGCCAUUUCAUGGAAUGAUCCAGGACCGUACCCAUCGAGGCAUCGGCCAAAACCUUCUCUUUUUUGGCUCUCGUAAUGCAAGAGGGGACUUCUUUUUUGAGAGUGAAUGGACCCAACUCGUGGAGGAAGGGCUGCUUGACUUGGUGACGGCUUUUUCUCGUGACCAGGAACACAAAAUUUACGUCCAGCAUCGUAUUGCCGAGCUUAAGGACAAGGUUAGAAAGCUGCUGCACAGUGGUGGAGUUGUGUACAUCGCCGGCAAUGCAAAGGACAUGGUGCCCAGUGUGCGUGAUGCCUUCAAGGCUGUGGUCAAGUCUGACUCUGCCAGUGACAGAAAUGCUGAGGAACUACUGAAAGACCUUGAAAAAUCAAGCCGACUCCAGAUAGAAGCCUGGUCUUAGCAUACUUUCAAUUCACAGUGGCAUGAUUGUUGUAACAGGAGUGCCGAGUCAAACAUCUGAAAAUGUGUUUUCUUCGUGUCAAAAGGCCACGCUGAUGUCAUGAGCAUAGUCUUGUUCAUUUUAUUCACCCCACCUUACCCCACCUUCUUGCAUGUCGGCACUUUUGCAAGCAAGCGCUUCCCUUCCACUCACACUCCUGCCAACAGUUGAACAUUCAGUGAUGCACCAAUUAUUAAUACCGACAAAAAGCACUCACGCAAUGGUGAUGUUGAAGCAAUAUUAUGGCGAGAUUCAUAAGCACUUAGCUGUUUACUGUUGGCACAUUGUCAGCUAUAAAAAACAGGAUCACUGCAUGAGGAAGCCAGUGUCUAAUCGAGCCAAUGCUGAUGUGCUUAAAGCAUGAGCCUGGCACAAUCUUUGCCUCGAAAGGAACAUUUACUAUGUAUUUUAGCUUUGUCUUUAAACAUAAGUAAUAAUUAAAAAAUGAGCGAUUGAUGUAACAUUUAGUUUCACUUGCAACAGUGUCCAUGACAAACAAAAUAUCGCUUUAUGCUUCCAGUCGUCUACAGAUAUAGAGUCAAUGAGAAUCUAAAAAUGCAGUGGCAAGUAGACCACUCUCCCAAAUCAAAGAGAAUAUGUAUACAUGUGGUAGCCAUUUACAUAAGCUAAUUUCGAUGACAUCACAGUGGAGGCAAACUUUCAAUAUCUGCGUUUCUCGUCAACUAUAUUUUGGAGUGCAAAGGCGCAUAGAGUGGUGCUCGGGCUGAAUUCUUAUUGUUGGCACAGAGUGAGAUCUAUUAUAGUACUAAACUAUGGCUUACGGUACGCUAGUAGACUCACUUAAGGUUUUAUCAUAGUCAUCUUGUCCUUAUGUUCUUUUUCUGUGCUGUUGAUUGCGUUUACAGCUCAGCAGAAUAUUUUUGUAUCAUUGGUGAAAAUGAGGUCUGCCUAUUGACAUCCAAAUCUCUCAUGAAUUUCUUUGGCUGUCAUAUAUGUAUAUGUAUUGAAUGUAUAUAUUCAUAUGUGUUGUAGAUAUGUACAAAAAUACAUAUUCCUUUAUAUGUUUCCAAAGAAGCUCCCAAGGUAAUAUUCUGGCAUCAGUGCCAGUAUGUGCACUUCAUCAUCAUCAUCAUCAUCAG